CGGCCAUGGAGCUGGCCGAGCCGCAGCUGCUCGACGCGUUCGCCUACCUGCUGGGCGCCCUGGGCAUCCUGAGCUGCCUGCUGCUCAAGCUGGUGGGCUCGCCCUACGGGCGCUACGCGUCGCCCCGCGCCGUCUGCCAGCUGCCCACGCGCCUCGCCUGGGCGCUGCAGGAGCUGCCCGCGCUGGUCGUGCCGCUCUGCCUGUGCGCUGGCGCCGAGGCCGAGCGCCUGCGCCGCUGGCCCAACCGACUCCUCCUGGCCAAGUACCUCGUCCACUAUGUGCAACGGUGCUUGGUCUACCCGCUGCUGAUCCGCGGAGGGAAGCCGGUGCCGCUGUACCUGAGCCUGCUGGCCUUCCUGUUCUGCGCCUGCAACGGCUACCUGCAGGGCCGGACCCUGAGCCGCUACGCCGUGUACGCCGACGACUGGGUGUCUGAUCCGCGCUUCCUCGCAGGCUCGGCGCUGUGGCUGGCGGGCUUGCUCAUCAACCUGCACUCCGACCACGUCCUCCGGUGCCUCAGGAAGCCGGGGGAGACCGGCUACAAGAUUCCCCGAGGAGGCCUCUUCGAGCUCGUCACCGCGGCCAACUACUUCGGGGAGGUGGUGGAGUGGGGCGGCUUCGCGCUGGCCAGCUGGUCGGUGCAGGGCGGGGCCUUCGCCCUCUUCACCUGCUGUAUCCUGUUCUCCCUGGCCCAGGAACAUCACCGGUGGUACCUGGAGAAGUUUGACAAUUAUCCAAAGUACAGAAAAAUUAUAAUUCCGUUUUUGUUUUAAGUCCAUGGUCAACGGGGUCCUCUUUGACUCGAAGCUUCGGACGUUUCUCUAGGGACUCAGAGAGGAGUUCUCAUUCUGCUGUGGCGUCAGGGUUGGUCUAGGCGCUUUCCUGGUGAGCCCCAAACUGUGUAACCAGUGAAUCCAGGGCUCCCUGGAGCCUCGCCCUGGACACCGGCCGGACCAGCCCUUCUCCCUUCCAGGGUCUGUAACAGGAGCUGAGGCCAAGACUGUUGCAGGUGGAGCGCCUGGAGGGGGCGCUGGUGAGGUGGGCGCCCCAGGGAAAGUGCUAGAAGCAUCGCAUUUUGGAUAAGAAAUGUUCUUGCAGAAGGGUGGGAUUCAGUCUUCGGGAUUUAAGGGUUUUGGAUCUUCAGCAUGUGGGGUCAGCGGAUUCGGCCCCCACCUUGCUGACUUUCCAGAAGGCUGUUGCCGACCGGUGGGGAUGGCGGAGCCCGGAACCCGGGCCUCGGGGGCUGCGCGUGGGGCCGCAUGGGGCCAGUUGGCCACUGUUUCGCGUGUCGCUCGUCCGGCGAGUGUCCCUGGCCUGGGGCUGCGCUGGGGCCUCGCGGCUGGUCCUGGGGCACCUCCCGGGGCACCUGCUGCCGUCUCAGGAGUCGGAACCGGCUGAGUGUGGCGGCCGCAGAGGCCAGAGGAUGCCGGCUGGGCAGGGGCCUGUUCCCGGGAGGGGCUGGCCCUUGUAACCAUUUGCACGGGGCUGAGGGACACCGCACACGGCUCUGGGUAAAGUAAACCCCACUGCUGGCUUCAGUGACUGUUCUUCCUGGUCUGUUAAGUGAACCCCGUGGUGGUUCUCUGAGCCUGAGUGGGCUUCCAGCGGUGCGCGGGUGAAAAACUCAGCCACUGGCCCGCAAACCACUUGGGCGUGUCCUCGGCCUGUUUCAUGCCUGCUACCAGUGAGUGCACCGAGCGGCUCCAGGGCCCAGCCCACCACAGCAGCUGGUCCAGGUCACAGGCCACGUGGCCUCCGCCCUCCCCAGGGCCUCAGGGGUCUCAGUUGCCGUGGGACGUGAGUCCCGGGGCUAAGAGGGCUUUUCUUGCCGCCGUCUCGGCGCACCGAGGGUUUUUCAGGUGCCUGUCAGCACCUCUGAGCCCCGCAAAGCAGCACCCUGAACCGCUUCUCACUUGGACGCCUUCUGAGGCCCGGGGAAGGUGACAGCCCCGGCUUAGCGGGCCCUGGGCGCUCCCCACGAAGGAAGGCUGCUGGCCCCCUUUCUGACAGGCUGACUUGGCAUCUGGUCACUGGGACGCAGCACAUGUGGCGGCCUCUGCCGGCCCCACAGCCUUGUGGCUGUCUGGCCCUGUGUCCCAGCCCGUGGGACCCCGGAGCUGGCCCAGGUGGAGAAGGAAGCCCCCGUCGGGAGCCGUGGGGUCCCGUGGCCACUCUGGACAUCUCCUGAGCAGGCCUCUGGGCCGGGCUGCAGGGGACAGUCCUAUGGACAGGACAGGGGCCUGCCCGCCACCCUGUGCUGGCCGGAAGCGCCUGCGUGUCCUGCCCCGUCAGGCCACCCCGGGGAGCACCCGGCCCCCACAGCACCCCCUGCCCAGCACCUCCCAGUCUCCUUAUGUGGACCCUACUUUCAGUCCCCCAUGCUCCCUGCAUUUUGGGUCUUACGGUUUCAGAACUCUGCAAGCAACUGUGCUUCACUUUAACCCAAAACAAGGCUUUUGCAAAGAAAUUUUAUUACUAAGUGAACUCUGCUCUGACCCACCAACUCCUCGAAGCCACAGAGCAGUAAGCAUUUUGGAUCUUGGAAAGGCCUGCGCCGUCCCGCGGGCCGGGUGUGCCCUGGAGAGGGGCCUGGCCAGUGGCCGCUUGUGACUUGGGGGCUGUGGGUGCCGAAGGGGUGAGGUUUACGUGCACCACCCACGCAACCCAAGUGCUCUUCAGGCACGGGGCCAGGGGUUGAGCCAGUUCCAGCAGGAGGCUGGAGCUCGAGGGACUGUCCGAGGGGGGCCUGAAGGAGGAUUUCACAUGUGCAAGUUGUCAAAGGAAACAGGUUGUCAAAAGGAAAAGUCAAGUCACUGUGACUAGUGGGCAGUGACCACCUGCCUGGGUUCUGGCUGAAGAGGGAGGUGGGAGAGGGAGG